UUUGGUUUUACUUUUAUUUUCUGUAAACACAAACCGACGCUAACGCGCUAACUAAGAGGACCUACUUACUCGUCUGUAACAGGACAAAUACUGACUGGAGCUGGGAUUUAAGGACCUUCUCUGAUCAUUUCUGUUUAUUUUUUCACUAUUUUGGAGUUAAGUACAACUUUUCAUGGGGGAAAAUCUCCCCGGGGGGCCAAAAGGAGCCCGGCUCCGCUAUGACUCUUUAGGCAGACCGGUGCAGACCCUCAGGGUUAAGAUGGUCCUUCUGGGAGCCUCUGGUGUGGGAAAAUCCAGUCUGGCACAGAGGUUUGUCAAGGAUGAGUUCAGGGAUACAACACCCACUGUAGGCUGUGCCUACCUGACCCAGCUGGUUCACCUUAGAUAUGUAUCACUCCGCUUUGAGAUAUGGGACACAGCCGGACAGGAGAAAUACCACAGCAUCACCCCGCUGUACUACAGAGGAGCCCACGCUGCACUCCUCAUCUAUGACAUCAGCAAAAGGGAAACAUUUAUCAGAGCUCAGCUGUGGCUCAAAGAGCUGGAGAAACACUACGUCCCAGGAUUCACUGUUGUGUGGCUCGUCGGCAACAAGGGAGAUCUGGCACUGAAUCGACAAGUCUCAGUACAGGAAGGACAGAGUCUGGCCAACGAUAGAGGUUUAUUCUUUACUGAGACAUCAGCUCUGUCUGGAGAUCAAGUCAACAGCCUGCUGAUGGAUGUCGCCCACAGGGUGUAUGAGUGUAUCGGAGAGCAGCAGGGAGGGCUGUCAGAGUGGCAGGAGACGCCGCUCGAUGAUCUGCAGCACAGAGACACAUCCAGCCUGUUUGCAUCCUGCUGCAGAGUUGGACCAUGACCAACACAGCUGUGGAUAGUAUCACUGCCUGUUUUCAUUCUAUCAACAGACGGGCAGCUAGUGAAACAUUCAGAGUUCUAAAAUAGAUUAUGAAUGUAUUUUUAUUUCCUCUUUUAUUUCUUAUUGAACUUGAAGCUAUCAAUUUUGUUUCAGAAGGUGUGAGCAAAGAGAGCAUUUUUUAACAGUUUAACUUCACCACUAAUGAUCAGUAGUAGUUCCAGUUGUUUGCUGUAAUAAAGGAACCAUCACUAAGUUUAUGACAUUUCACUUCAAUACCAUUACUUUGUCCUGAUUUUAUAGACUGGUUUUUGAUCAAGCUGUUCUAUCUCUCUUUGCCACAUGUUGAAUUGAAAGGUUGACUUUUACUGGAGGUCUCCUGCCUCACUUUUAUAAGAUCGAGGCUAAACUGAGCAGAGAUUGCUCAAUCAGAGCAGAAUAGAAAGCGGUCCUCAAACAACACAAGGCUCUGUCAAACCAAAUGAAGACAGCAAUUACAGUCAUUUAUCAAAGAUCUUAAAGUUAUGUUCUUCUGGCCUGGGGUAAGUCAUUGUUUUAGUUGUACCUGCAAGAGAGGACGUGCAUCCAGUCACCCAUUGUCACGUUGAUAACAGGUACAUUUUGAUUGUUAAUCCUGAGAUCUUAUUUUCAUUAUCUUGGCAUUUAACCGGCUGCCAGUCCCACUGGUGGUUUAGAAGGGGGGGCCCUUCUGGUGCCUUCAUGUCUUGAAAAGAUACUGCAGGGGUGUGCAGGUGGUCGAGUCUUUUAAGGUGCACACCAUGUACAUGGGUGGCCUGGGUUUGAAUCCAGCUGUGGCCCUUUGCCACGUCUCUCCCCACUCCCAUCCCCGUUUCCAAGUCUAUCCACUGCUCUCCGCUAUCUAGAAAAGGCCCAAAAAUAAAUUUUUAAGAAAAAGAUGCUGCAAUAUUUCUCUCUUGGAUGCCUCUAUGGUAGAUAAACAUGUUAAAGUGCCCUCCAAACUUUUUUUUGGUAACCCCGUUAUUUAAAGGUAAAAGCCGUUGUGACCCAACAAUUUGAUUUUCUGUAUAAUUGCUCGGGAUUAUGAAUUCUACCUUUACAAGAAAAUAAACUCUGAAUUUCAGAGUCUAUAAAGCUGAAAAUUUAUGGGAAAAAAAAUCAAAAUAUCAGGGAUCAAAAUGUCUGGAAUUUUGACAUUAAAACCUAAAAAAUUUUAAGAUUUUGAAAUCAUAGAUUUACAACAUUAUGAAGUUAAAAAUUUCUAAGAAACCAAAUUCUAAAUAGUGGUUGGAUUUUUUUUGAAAUUGUAAUCUCAAAAAUUCAAAAUGUGUUUUACAUACAUUUAUGACUUCCAAAGUAAGAAAAAAAAAAACAUUUUUUCUCAGAAAUGAAUGACUUUUAAACUUGACAAGUUGGAGUUUUUCUUGAAAAUUAACAGAUCCUCUUAAUAUUUAUUUCUAGAGUGGCCCUAAUGCACAGUCAUCAUAAUGGAUGGUUUAUACAUAGAUCUUUUUCAAGAAAGAGUGUCUGUAGGCCUGUUAUGUUGGGAUUUUGUCAACAAAAAUGAUUGAAAUUGAUGUGUAUUUUUUCCCAUUGGGUCCUUGGGGUGCUUAGCUUUGCUUAGUGAGUAGAGGGGCCUUAGGAGAAGAGUUUGGACACCACCGUGUAAAGCACGCUUACAAGCUCUGUUGGGUGAGAAAAGUGGAAGAAAAUCAAGGGAAUACUCCUGUCACACACUCCUGAUACCUUGUCAUCUCCCUCUUUCCUUGUUCACUGCCAUCUCAAUGUGAGUGACACAAAGGAAACCUAGAAUGGGGUGACUGUCUAUCACCGUAUCUCAGAAAGUAAGUGAAAUUAUACUAGUAUUCUAGUUUAGCAGCUAAAGCUAACAUAGCUAGGUAGGUAGGUAGCCAGGUAGUGACUUCACUUCCUCUUCUCUCCUUCCUCUCUUUUGACUUUUUCUUUUACUUCAUGUUUCAUGAAUCCUCAAAUCUGUACAGUCUGUUCAACCUAAGCCUGCUCUGUACUAAUUCUCCUCUUGGCUCCCAUCUUGGCUCAUCACACAUUUCCUCCCCCUUUCUUUUCCUGACUUCUGUUGUUUCUCUCCUUCCUCACUCUUCAUCAGCUUUCCUCUUCUAGAGAAUCUUCUUCUUCUUCCUCAGCUGUGAGGGGUUUUACUAUCCUUAAAGGUUUUACUGUGCUGACAUCACACAGGGUUUGUCCAAUUCUUUCUACAGUCUAUGGUCAACACUUACCAUUGGAGCGAACUCUAA